CCAAUUCCCAGCACAGAACAACAAAGAGCUCAUCACAUAUUUCUAUAGUUCACCGGCCGUUGUCGAGAUGAAGCCGGCGGCCCAGCCACUCAGCGGCGCCCCUGCCCCAUCCGCCUGGUCCUCCGGCCUCUUCGACUGCUUCGACGACUGCGGCCUCUGUUGCCUGACGUGCUGGUGCCCGUGCAUCACCUUCGGGAAGGUGGCGGAGAUUGUGGACAGGGGCUCGACGUCGUGCGGCACCAGCGGCGCGCUCUACGCGCUGCUGGCGUCGCUCACGGGGUGCCACUGGAUCUACUCCUGCACCUACCGCUCCAAGAUGCGCGCCCAGUACGCGCUCCCGGACGAGCCCUGCUGCGACUGCUGCGUCCACUUCUGCUGCGAGCCCUGCGGCCUCAUCCAGCAGUACAAGGAGCUCAAGGCCCGCGGCUACGACCCCGACAUCGGCUGGCACCUCAACGUGGAGCGCGGCAACGGCGGCGCCGGUGCUGGCGGCGUCAACCCGCCCGGCAUGCAGGAGAUGGGCCGCUAGCUCGUCAUACUCUGCCGUACCUGUGAAUGGGGGAUUCGUCGCGCAAUUGUUCGUCGUGCUUGGUAAAUUGUUCCGUAGUAUUAGUACGUUCUAGCUUUGUUAAGUUCUGAAAGUGAGUAUUGUAUAUGUUGGUGUGAUGAGUUGCCGUCAAGAGUGGGAGGAGGAGCAAAGGGACAUGAGUAUGCCCUAAUAUAUAUAUUUAGUUCCUCUGAAAAAAUAUUAGAGUAUAUUGAUCUAAACGCUCGCUCUUGUAUUUCUUUAUGGGGUAUAUUUGUAUUCUAUUUAUUGUAUAUUGUAUAUUUGUAAACCAAAUCGAGCAAAGAAAUUUCAAAGUGAGUA